AUGACCAAGGAGGUGCAAGGGCUGUGUCAGGCACCAUGGCAACAGGUCCAGGCAGCAGUUCUCCCCAAACCCUCCAUCUGGGCUGACCCAGGCCCCAUCAUCAGCAAGGGGAGCCCUGUGACCAUCUGGUGUCAGGGGUCUCUGCUGGCAGAUGCCUACAGUCUGUAUAAAGAAAGGGGCUCUCCACUCUCGGAUAUGACCCCACAGGCCUCCAGCAACAAGACUGAAUUCCUCAUUCAGUCCAUGAGCUCACAGAAUGCAGGGCGGUACCAGUGUGCAUACAGCACUGGGGACAGACUGUCUCAGAGGAGUGAGCCCUUGCUCCUGGUGCUGACAGGAGAGCACAGCGCACCCUCUCUCUCAGCCCACCCAGGCCCUGUGGUGACCUCAGGAGGGAAGGUAUCCCUCCAUUGCAGCUCACAGUCCAAAUGGGACACUUUCCACCUACUGAAGGAGGGAGGUGCUGAGCAGCUCAAACAUAGCAAAUUGGAACGAAAGUACUCUGCUAGCAGGUGGAAGGCUGUCUUUCCUGUGGGCCCCCUGAGCUCCUCCCAUGGGGGGACCUACAGAUGCUAUGGUUCCAACAGCUCCAACCCCAAUGUGUGGUCACAGCCCAGUGUCCCUCUGCACCUCGAGGUCACAGGUGUGUACAAACAACCAUCUAUCUUGGCCCAGCCAGGGCCCCUGGUGCUGCCUGGAGUCAGGCUGACUCUCCAGUGUCACUCGGAGCCUGGUUUUGACAGAUUCGCUCUGACCAAGGAUGAAGGGCCCACACACCCUCAGAGUCUCCAUGAGCAGCACAGCCCCGACUUCCCUCUGGGCCCUGUGAACCUCACCCAUGGGGGCCGAUACAGAUGCUACAGUGGACACAACCUCUCUUAUCUGUGGUCGGCCCCUAGUGCCCCCCUGGACAUUUUGAUUGCAGGAACGUACAGGAAACCCUUCCUCUUAGCCCAGCCAGGGCCCUCAGUGCCAUUGGGAGCAAAUGUGACCCUGCAGUGCUACUCUGAAGUCAGGGCUGACACCUUCCUCCUGCACAGGGAGGGAUCCCUGGACCCUCCCCAGCAGCUUCGUCUGUGGGACACACUAGCCCCCUCACAGGCCAAAUUCACCAUCAGCCCUGUGACCUGGGGCCACCACGGGACCUACAGGUGCUACAGCUCACGCAGCUCCUCCCCCUUCCAGCUGUCACAGCCCAGUGACCCCCUGGAGCUCCUGGUCUCAGGGCUACAUUGGGGUCCGUGGGACCAGGUCCAAACAGGAGUUCACCCCAAACCCUCCAUCUGGGCUGACCCAGGCCCCAUCGUCAGCAAGGGGAGCCCUGUGACCAUCUGGUGUCAGGGGUCUCUGCAGGCAGAUGGCUAUGUUCUGUAUAAAGAGAGGAGUCCAGAGCCCUUGGACACAAGCAUCCCACAGGCCUCCAGCAACAAGACCGAGUUCCUCAUUCAGUCCAUGGGCUCACAGCAAACAGGGCUGUACCAGUGUGCAUACAGCACUGGGGGCACAGUGUCUGAGAGGAGUGAGCCCCUGCUCCUGGUGCUGACAGGAGAACACAGUGGACCCUCUCUCUCAGCCCAGCUAGGCCCUGUGGUGAACUCAGGAGGGAAUGUGUUCCUCUUGUGCAGCUCAGAGUCCACAUGGGACACUUUCCACCUGCUGAAAGAGGGAGGGGCUGAGCUGCUUCAACACAAGAAAUCAGAACACAGACCCUAUGAGAGAAGGUGGCAGGCCGUCUUCCCUGUGGGUCCCGUGAGCCCCUCUCAUGGAGGGACCUACAGAUGCUAUGGCUCCUCCAGCUCCACCCCCAAUGUGUGGUCACAGCCCAGUGCCCCUCUGCACCUCGAGGUCACAGGUGUGUACAGGGAGCCCUUCCUCUCAGCCCAGCCUGGCCCCCUGCUUCUGCCUGGAGACAGCCUGACCCUCCAGUGUCACUCAGAGCCCGGCUUUGACAGAUUUGCUCUGACCAAGGAUGAGGGGCCCACACCCCCCCAGCAUCUCCAUGGACAGCACAGCCCCGAUUUCCCCCUUGGCCCUGUGAACCUCACCCAUGGGGGUCGGUACAGGUGCUACAGUGGACACAACCUCUCCUAUGUGUGGUCAGCCCCCAGCGCACCCCUGGACAUCCUGAUCACAGGGAGAGGUCCCCGGAUCCUCCCCAGCCUCUUCAUCUCCAGGACACUGCUGCCCCCUCUCAGGCCAACUUCACCAUCACCCUUGUGA